AUGUCAGUAGAUCUAAGUGCAGGCUCGAUACCAGUGCUUUAUCGUGAUGUGUUUGAAAUUUUGAAUCCGAAUGAUCUAGGGAAAAUAACGAUGAAUAUUUUUAAAUCCUUAUUUGAGUCGACAAAUUUAUCUUCAACUAUCUUGGCACAAAUUUGGGAUAUAAGCCUUCCUAAAGGGAGAACAUUGACUCGUACGGAUUUAUAUAAAUGUCUUGCAUUUAUCGCAUUAGCUCAGCAAGGAAAGCCAAUUGAUGAAAAAUUGUUAGAAAAUUAUACGAAUAAGGAACUUCCUGUUCCCAUCAUUGGCGACAUCAAUGAGUUAGGAGAUCGGUUUAUACGUUUAUUGCGAGAUAAUCAUUCUCAAACAAUUCUAUGUUUCCGUUAUGGUGAUUUAUGCUCCUUAGACACCAUACAAGUCGAAUUAGUACCAGAGAAAAAAGGCAAUACACAUAACUUUCGGAGCGUUAUUAUCCGUCAUUUUGAAUAUGAAGUAUCAAGCAUGUUGGUAUUUAUAGCUUCGUUUUGGCAGGAUUGUGGUGAUAAUAUGAAAGUACAAUUUCGUAAUACAUUAGAUGAAUUUAGUUUACAAACAUCAACAGUACAGUCUGAUAAUAAGAAUUCUGAAACUGAUUCAAUGAAAUUAUUUAAAACAAGUCAACAACAUAUUCAUUUUAUUCAUCAAAUUGUUGUUCAAAUGAGAUUGUGUCUUCAUAAUUUUAAUGAAAGAAACAUAAAAAAUGCUGAAACAUUUUCUUCAAUUGAAAAGCAAAUUCAGUAUUAUAAACGAGAAGAUGAACUAAUGAGUGAUCACGUCGAUAUGUUAAUUGACUUACUACAAGGAUAUAAAGAACUUUGUAAACGAUUUGAAGAAGCACUCGCAAAUGACCAAAAGAAUAUGCAGAAAAUGAAUAAUCAACGUAAUCGUUCAAGUACAACACGUUUAUCUUUAAGUAAAAAUACAGACAAAGAAGAAUCAGUUGAAAAAACUGAAACAGGAUUAAAUCAGCAUGAAAUUAUUCUACAAGAAAUGGAAAAGAAAAAUACUCAUGCAUUAAAGUGUGUUCAAUUAGAAACACAACUCGUUUACGCAAAUAUCGAAUCAUUUAUCUAUAUACUGAGCAGUUUUGGCAAUAGUCAAUUGAAAUUACAUAGUGAUUUGUUACAAGUUUGGAAAGCGUUUUGUCCGAAGGUUAAUUCAAUAGCUCAAAGUUAUAUGGUUAAUCAAACAACGACUACAUCGACGAGUAAUAGCUUUAAAUAA